AUGAAAUCAAACGCUCGAAGCUCCCGUGUACAGCAUGGGAACGUUUAUGGGGGUGAUGAUGGACAGAGAAAGCAGGAAAUUGAACCCACGCUGAUGUGGAUGAUCAACUUGGCAACAGUGCUUCAAAACCAGGGAAAAUAUGAAGAGGCGGAGAAGAUUGGCCGGGAGGCCUUGUCAGGCUAUGAAGAGGCAAUGGGCCUGGAUGAACAGGACACGUUGACGUGCAUGAGCAACCUGGCGACGGUGAUUCAAGUACAAGGAAAGUACGAUCAGGCAGAGGAGAUGAAUCGGCGCGCCCUGGCAGGCUAUGAGAAGGCUCUGGGGGCAAAUCAUCCUCACACCCUGAGAAGUAUGAGCAAUCUGGCAACGGUGCUUCAAGACCAAGGCAAGCACGUCGAAGCCGAGAGGAUGAGCCGGCAAGCCCUGGCAGGAUUUGAGGAAGAAUUGGGAGCAUGUCAUCCUGACACGCUGACCUGCGCGAGCAAUCUUGCGAUGGUGCUUCACGAUCAACAAAAGCAAGCAGAAGCAGAGGAGGUGCUGCGCAGAGCGUUGGCAGCGAGAGAGAACGUCCCAAGAGAGGACUAUCUCGACGCCCAGUGGAGGGGACGUUGUACGGCACCACAGAUGGUUGCCAAGUGCUUUUUGUGA